UGCUUGGAUGCCACAAUGGCAUUUCCUACUAAUAGCCCAGUGUUCCCUUCUCGGCCAAGCCUCCCCCCCAAUCCAUUAAAGUGGAGAUACUACAUGGAGACUUCACUUGCGGCGCUUAAGCGAAAGAUGUGGGCUGGCCCGGCCACAUCGUCCGGCCCAUCCACGGCUCUUGGCCGACGAGAUCGCGAUCGGGAUCGAGAGAGAGGCGAUAGAGAGAGAAUGCUGCGGGUGUCGGAGGAAGAGGGGAACCGGAAGCGGGAGAGCUACGUGGAGAGCUACAGGCAGCUCGGCCGAUCCCUCCUCGAUCUCCAACGCGCCGCCGACCGCGUCUUCGACACCAUCUCGCGAAGGGCAGGAGAGGAACGAGAUAAGCUGACGGAGAUAUCUCGGAGGAUCCAGUUAGCCAAAGCUCAAAUAGAUGUGCUGUCUCGUUCUGAGCAAGCAUUGACGAUCAAGUCACCAUCCCGAUAUCCAUCCAGCUCUAUUCAAGAAGAGGACUUCCGACCCUUAUUUCCAUAUCAUGGUGGAGAUGCCGAUGAAGGGUCUUCGGUUGCAAAUUUGUUAGUGAAUGGAGGAUUGAAUAGGGAAUUUGGUGCAGAUGGAACACUUGAACUCUUUCAGUUUUUUUCUGAACAAAAUAUUGGAUACCCUUUAAAGGAGACUGAGGCAAAGGGUUAUCCAAGGCAAGACAUGUUCUUGGAGAAGAUUCUAGAAGCACCAAAAGAUUCUGAUGACAGCUUUCUAGCAUUUGAUAUCUUUACCCCUUUCUCCAAGCUGGAUACCAAAAAGGAUGACCUGCCACCCGUGCCACCAAGUCUGCUGAAAAAUUUUACGUUCCCUUCCGACUCGGCCGGUGUCACACUUGGAUCUAUUGAUCAUCCAGCAAAGAAUAUCUAGCUUCAGAUAUAUAGGAUGACUCUGAUGGUGUUGCUGCGACUUCCACGUCGGCGAUUAUUUAUGGGUAGCCAAUCAUUACAAUAACUCAUUUCACAAAUAUGUCCCUUAAAAAACAACAAUUUCGUACUUGCGAAGCUGUACAUAGUUUCACUUUUCACAUAAAACUAAUUGUGAGAAUGAUUGUGAAAGCAGUGCGUUGGUAAGUUUGUCCAAGGCUUUUGUAAGGAUUCUUUCUUGGUCCUUUGUAAACUCACUGACUGUCAUUGUCCUUUCUGUUUAAUUUGCAAAAUGCAUUUGAGAUGUUAUUUUUGGUA